CACCAACAACAAGAGGAUGAAGGAGCAAGUGGCUCUAGAGUUACAGUUUGUCAACAGCAACCUGCAGCUACUUAAGGAACAACUGACAGAACUGAACAGCUCUGUAGAGAUCUACCAGGGCACGAGCUCGAAGAGUAGCAUUCCAAUGAUCCCGCUGGGUCUCAAGGAAACCAAGGAGAUCAACUUCAGAGAGCCCUUUAAGGACUUCAUCUUGGAGCACUACAGUGAAGAACCAGAUAAAUAUGACGAGGCAAUCACAGAAUUUAUGGAACUCAGAGGGGCUAUGCGUACACCAGAGCGAGAUGAGUCAGGGGUCGCUCUCUUGUUUGAGUAUUUCAACCAACUGUAUUUCAUUGACAGACGUUUCUUCCCUCCAGAUAGGUCCCUUGGCAUAUAUUUUGAAUGGUAUGAUUCACUGACAGGAACACCAAGCUGCCAAAGAACAGUUGCAUUUGAAAAGGCAUGUGUGCUUUUCAAUCUUGGGUCACUGUACACACAACUUGGGGCUCGUCAUGACAGGACCUCAGCUGCAGGACUGGAUGCGGCGGUCAACAAUUUCCUGCGGGCAGCAGGAAUGUUUCGUUACCUUCAUGACACAUUCACAAAUGCCCCAUCCAAAGACCUUAGUCCAGAAGUUCUUGAUAUGCUCAUUCAUCUCAUGUUGGCUCAGGCUCGGGAGUGUCUGCAUGAAAAGGCACUGUUGGGCCACAGUGAAGACCUGGAGACUGUUGUGGAAUUGUCGCAAGAGGCAGCACAGGUGGCACAAGUCUACUCACAGGUAUUGACAACCAUCUCUGAUGCAUCAGUAAAGGACUAUGUACCAGCCUCAUGGAUCAGCAUGGUGCACAUAAAGAUGGAAUAUUAUCGAGGCCGUGCCCAUUACCACAUGGCUGAAGCACUGCUUACUUUACCUGUUGAUGAAAAAGAUCAGGAGCAACUUAGCAUCAGGGUUCAAGAUACUCUGCAGUUUGUCCACUUGUCUCCUGUCAGCAAUACUACCUUGGAUAUUACUGUUCCAACAACCCAUCAAGAACGUACCCUUCUCGGUCUGGCUCACUGUCGUGAGUCGGUACUAGUUCAUGAGGAGGCAAUGCGACAGCAACGGAUGUGUCGGGACCUUAAGAAAAAAUCUGCUCUGUCUGAAGUGCUAUGCUUUGGCCACGAAGCUGCAGUCCACCUUCUUGAUCUUUAUGAAGAAGAAGAAGAUCUGCUCAAUGUUCUGGACCCACCACCCAUUGCACCGGCAACAAAGAUCCAGUUAUCUCUCACUGCUCCGGACUUCUCACAGUAUCGUGUAGAGGACGUGUUUAAGCUGUUGGGACCAGUGGCUGUGUUCUCUGCAAAGCAUCAGUGGUCAGCACCACGGCCCAUCUCAAUAACUCGAACACCAACUCAAGGUUUUGGAUUCUCAGUGAGGGGGGAUGCACCUGUGGUAAUAGCUGGUGUUGACAGAGGCAGCCUGGCAGAGAGAGCUGGGAUGAAUGAGGGCGAUUUGGUAGUGUGCAUUGGGACCCGUGACGUGAAGUGGCUGCCACACGACGAGGUAGUUGGCCUCAUUCGUGAUGCAGGCAACACACUCAGUUUAACCUUAGUUACACCUUGUGAUAAGAACUAUUAUAAAUUGCCAAAAAGCAAAAGUCUUAAGGACAUUUCACCACACUCUACCACCAGCAGUAGCAGUGGAGUUAGCAGCAGUAGUAGCAACAGUAGCCAUUUUGGCUCGGUUAACAGUUCUACUCUAUCAGCCAAAGACAAGGAUAAACGCAACAGCUGGAAUCCUUUCAAGCGAUCAACAUCACGAGAUAAACUAAAGUCAGAUUCUCUUAUAGACUGCAAUGUUAUUUUACGAUAAUUGGACUUGAUGCAGAAGUUCCAUUGUUAACACAGUAGCACAUUCAGAAUUGUUGUUACCAAAACCUCAAAUACUGCAUGUGCUGUUGUGGAGGUUCCUAUUUUUUUCACGUUUUAGUAAGUGAAGGAGCAAAAUUGCUAUGUAAUUGUGUGUGCAACUUAAGCUGCUGGCCCUGCCUUUGACCAAUUGAUGCAAGACUUGGAUACUUAUAUUUCUCUUUAGGCAGAAUGUGACAGACUUAUUUGGCAAGAUCAUUUUGCUGGACAAAUUGAACUGUAGUUAAAUCUGAAAUUUAACUUCACAAAAUGUGUACAGUACAUCACAAAAGGAAAUGUACUCUUUUCAUUGAUUAAAAAUAUUACUAACAGAAUUUAGUCUGAUAUUACAGAAUUUCAUGUAAGGUUAGGUUGCUGAGUUCAGUUUUGGUGCAGUUCUAAAAAAUUGCAUACCAUUUACAAUAUUAUCCUGGAAUAACUAUUUAUCCCUAAGUUAAAAUUGGGCUUGUAUGGUCAUUCUCACUAAACAGUUGUGACAUGUCAUUCAUAUUGUAGUACCAUAUAUACUAUACUGUAUCUGUUUUACAUUUUCACUUUGCUGCUAUAUUCAAAUAUACCUGAAUAAAUAUUUACAGCUUUUGACAGCACAACUUUACAUUGGCGAAGUUGUGUGUACCUUUGCAUGCCAGAGAAUGUAAUAAAACAUUUAGUGUUACAAGGUCUGCUUGUACUAUUUUGGCUGAUAUCAGAUAGAGAGUGGAGUUGCUUAUUUACACCAAGACAGUGAUAGUGAAUAUGAUGGAAAUAAUCAUGAUAAUGAUUUUGAUACAGGAUCAACCAGUCUACAUGUCAGCUGCAUGUAACUGGACCUCGUACUGAUUUUCAUUAUGAACCUAAUUUGUCACUUUUUUUGUUGAAUUUUCCAGUUAUUUAAUGAUUUAACUACCCAGCAUUUUUCAAGGAAAAUUAAUGCUAAAUAUACAAAAUACAUUCAUGGCCUACAAGUGAAGCAAAUCCAAAAAAUUGUGCAGUGAAAGUCAAGCAAACAAGCCAAAUUUUCCUGAAUACACACUUUUUUUUUUUUUUUUUUAAAUCUCCGAGUGAUGACCUGUUUGUGCUGAGCACUGGUUUUCAAAUAUUAAUUGUGGUAUUCACAUGUGUUGUAUGCAAAUGUAUUUGUUAUUCACUAAAAUUAACAUGACAACCUUGCUAAAAAUUUUGUACAAUACUAUAGCUUACCAGUAAUCCUACCUAACAAAUCAAAAAUAGACAGCUUAGUUUGUUAUUUAACAGAAGUUAAAUUUGUGAUGUGAAAACCCUAUUGCAGAAAUUAACUCUAUAAAAAUUUCAAACUGGGCUUAUCAAAAGUUCUUGCCACAAGCCAAUUUAACAUUUAUUAGAAAACGGCACACUACAGCAUAUAUUGUUAAAAAGAUUCACUUUCCAAGAUUUGUGCACCAACUGCAAAUUAGCAAGCUCUCAUAAUUAACGUACUCCAUUCAUGUGAUGCCGAACCAGGUGUCAUAUUAAUUAUGGUUGAUACUUAAGAGGCUUUUUACCCAUCAAGAGUUGAAGAUGGGAUAAAUUUGCAACUGCCAUAGAUUACAGAAAAAUUUAGAUACAAUUUUAACAGUCAUAUUCUGAAAUGUACUUUAGUUAAAUACAUUUGGCUCCUGAACAAAAUUUGUCCUAUUUUGAAACCACUUAAACAUAUUUUAAGUACUUAAAUUGUGCUAUAAUAGUCACAUUUCAUGAUAGCUGGUAAAGGUUGAAUUUUAAUCAUAUUUACUGAUCAUCAAGCUUUAAAUUAUGAAAUGUGAUGCUAGCAUCGAUAUUAAUUUAUGAAGAAUUCUGCAUGCUGUUUUUAGCAAACAUAUAUGUUGCUUCCUUCUGAAGCACAAAAAUACAUACUGAUUUUGUAUAAAUACUGUAUACCUAAGGAAGAUGCUGAAGUGAGAAAGAUUUUAACACCACACCUGAUGCAGGCAUGCAAUUGGACUAUGACAGACUAUAGAGCUCAUUUUUUUCACUUCUUCCAUACUCCCUCCCUCAAAUGUGAUAUCCAAUUUUUCUUUAUCUAAAGCAUUUCUACCUUUACACACCCUCCCAAAUUUGUCCACUAACUUUUGCAGAUUUUCUUUAGAAUCACCCCAAAAGCACAGUAUCAUGGUCAAAAUGUAACCAUGUCAACCCCCAUUUUGUAUUUGAUUCCCCAUAAUUUAAUCCCACCCCUCUCCCCAACACCCUAGCAUUUACUUUUACAACCCCAUCUAUAAAUAUGUUAACCAUGGUGACAUUACACAUCCCUGUCUAAGACCUACUUUUACUGGGAAGUAAUCUCCCUCCCUCCUAACCUGAGCCUCACUAUCCUCAAAAACUCUUAGCAUUUAGUAACUUACUACCUAUUCCAUACACUUGCAGCAUCUGCCACAUUGCUCCCCUAUCCACUAUCAAGAACUUAUUAUCCAAUACAGUUACCAUUACACCAAAAUUCUUACCUCAUCUUACUUUAGUGAUUUAAAAAUACAUUUGAUCUAAUCCAUAUCCUUAGUUAUUGAUUAUACAGCCUUGUAUUCAUGGUUUGCUUGCCAAUAUUGUAUCUAGUGUCACAUCAUGCAAGUCAUAUAAGAUAUUGUAGGGUGAAGUUUAUAUCAUUUUUGCAUAUACAGUACUUGAUUUGAUAUUCAAAUCAUGAGUAUUAUAAAGGAACUUGAACCAAACCAACAAUUGGUUUGAAUUAAUAUCUGCAUUUAAAACACCGCUAUAUAUAAUCUACAUUGUAACACAUUUUGUUCUACUGUAUAUUCACAGAUACCUCGAGGGAGGUGCCUUGAUGCCAAUGUAGGGCCUCUAGAUCCCAGAAAUUGGGCUAUCCUCCCUUUCCUUUGAUUUAAUCUAAUUGCUUACCGUUACCUCAGGCAGUGUAUGACCAACAAAUUUACCCUUUUUUAAAUUUAGGGAAAGUGUUAAACCUUUGUGGGUCAUACAGCACCUAAAGAAAUGGGAGGCAAUCAAGUUUGGUCCAUGGAAGGGAGGGACACAUCCAGUUUUUUGAAUUUUGAGCCCUCAAUGGCAUCAAUACCUUCUUUGAGGGGCCCUACGGGUUUUAAUGCUCCCCUGAUAACUGUAAUAAUAAUACCGUAAUCUCUGUCCAGACGAGUAUUUUACAUUGUUUAAAUUCUUAAAACAGAAUAUUUUGCCAUACAUUAUACCACAAGAUGUUUGUUUUAAGCAAAAAAUUGCGCAUUACUUGUAAUGAGUUUUACUUUUCAUACUAAAAGCUUUUCUUCAGUUUUUUGUUCUUUAUAUUGAAUUUUUGGAAGGUAAUUGUCAUAUUGGUAUUGUAUGUAAACCAAUUAUUAUAAUUAGAAGUAACAUGUUUGUGAGGAAUGUGUUGGAAGAAAACUAUCUUGGUUUAAAAUAAUUGUAAAUGUAAACAACUUGAUAUACCAUUAGUAAACUAGUUUCAGAACUCCUUGUCUGUUUGUAUGUAUCUAUAUAUGUAUAUACACCACACACAGUAAAACUUCUAUUUAAUGAACUUUGGAAAUACAGGACAAAACAUACUGGGUCUAUUGGUUAAGAAACAACGAACAAAGUAUGUGGUUAUAUGAUAGUUUUAUCAUUAUGAUUGCCACCUUCUUUUUGAUUAUAAUAAUAUGAUUGCCACUAAACAAUCUGCUCUGUCCAUCACGAUCACCAUUACUGACCAACUGCUCCCCCUUCCCCCUUAGUUUUAAAUCAUGGGUUUACUUGCCUAUGUGGUUGUAGGGAUUGAUUCUUAGGUCCUGGCCCUGCCUCUCAACUUGCCAGAUUUACUCCCAACUAGCCUCCUGGGCCUUAUACCUGCUCUUAAAAUUAUAUAUAGAGCCUGUUUCCUUCACUUUUGAGGUCAUCCCACUUCCCAACCACUUUCAAACAGCCUGUCCCUGUAUGUUUUUAUGAAUUGUGUGUGUAUAUAAAUUUCAAGUGAAUUAGUCUGUGCUAUGGGAUGUCUGUAUACUUUACAUUUGUAUUGCACAGUUGUGAGAGUAACGGCCUGAAUGAUGGUCACCAGGUCCAGCACAUCCAAUAAAUUUUUUUUUUACAAUCUACACCAGGGCUGAAUUGUUAAUGAAAAACUAAUAAUAGUGAUUGAAAAAAAAGCUUAUGUCAGUUUACAAAGCUAUUCCCACUAUUACCGGAAAGUGGCAUUAGAUUAGACAUAACCAUACACUUGAUUUAUCAUUAGUUGUAUAGCUCAUGACUUGCAGUAGUGCACUCUAUCUACUAUUUUCUUGAAUCAGCAUGGAUUUUAUAGCCAGUCAUGUAGUUAAGUUUCAAAAUUACAUGUACACACUGUAUACUUGACUCAUAAAAUCAUAACUGAAUGGAGGGUGACAACCCAUGGCAAGCUGGUCUUAAAAUCAGCAGGCCAGAUUGCUAUCCAUUGUACCAUGCAGACUUCAGAAUCAUUCAAUCUUAUUAGGCUGACAUAGUACAGUGGAUAGUGUACUGGCUUGCUAGUUUUAGGACUAGCUUGCCACGAGUUCCAACCCUCAUAGUUACUGCAUAUAUAUUUU